AGGUCAUCCGGUGCACCGAUUUCUGGCGCAACGUUCAGUAUGCUGUCUCUGUCAUGACCCCUGUCCACGAGCUGUUGAGGAGAUUAGACAGGGGCCGCAUGAUCAUGUCCAUGAUGUACUCAUGGUCGCAGGAGUUGGCGCGACAGGUGGCUGCUGUUGACGUCCCUGAUGACAUGCGGAGGUCGUGUGUGGAGGCGGUGCAGAUCCGCACCAUGCAUAUGCCUGAGCCGGCGCACGGUGCCGCGCACCUGCUCAACCCCCGCAGGCGCUCCCUCCGUUACUACGAGUCCGCCCGCAGGACUACGGACCUCGAGGUCGUUAUCGAGUGCGACUCGUUUUUCUUGGCGCAGACAGGCGGUGAUGCGGCGGGGGAUGCAUACUUGCGGGUGCGUCAGCAGAUGCGAUCGUUCCACUCUAGGGUCGGCCACAUGAUGGACAGGGUGACGAGGGACGCUGAGGCGGAGGCCUGUGCAGGGGACGAGGAGACGAGCAGGUGCGCGUCAUGGUGGGUGGAGCACGGCGCAUGCUUCUCGGACUUGCAGGAGAUCGCUGGCCGUGUGAUGCACAUGUGGACGUCCGCCUGUCCUGCUGAGAUGAAUUGGGCAGAGCAUGAGCGCAUCCAGACGGCUAAGCGCAACAAGCUCAAGUUCAGGAAGGUCGCGCAGUUAGUUGAGAUUGCUAGCAAUCUCACACUACUUGGAUGCAGCGACCACAGCGGGGGGUCCGUUCUUCCGUGGGGCCACAUGGCGACCCUGGCUGAGGCGCGCCAUGACAAGUACACACACGCCCCGAUCGACGACAGGGAUGAGGAGGAGGAGCCUGAGCCAGAGGAGUGGGGAGCCCGACCUCAGUCGGCAGUGGUUGUACACGAGGUUAGUGCACAGGUCCGUCGAUUCCAGCAGCAGGGUUUUCGUCGUCCGGAGGCGCAGACGUCGGAGCAGGAGUCGGACUCGGAGGAUUUGCCGCCUGGUGUAGAUAAGAGUGUCGAGAGACUCUACUACACGUACUGUGCAGGACCGUACGGUUUUCAGUCACACUGCACUGUCAUUCAGGAGAGCGACGACGAUUCCUUUCCCGCUAGUGGGGGUGGUACUGGCGGGCCGACAAGACGUGCUGCACGCAGCGCGAGUGGAGGUGCUACAGGCAGGCCUAGUGGAGGGGCCACACACGACGAGGGAGGACGUACCUUAGUUAGGGCAGGUGCUGCAUUACCUGCUCAGCCCACUGCUGAGAGAGAGAGGGAGCGGGAGAGGGCGACCUGCACGGACGACGACGGCGAGCCAUUUGUCUUUCACAGAGCACACAUGGCGAGCGACAGAGCUCCGUCCGCCACCGAGGGUCUUAGGAGAUCAGUGCGGUUGCAGACGCUGGCCGACUCAUCCACGGGCGCCAGACGCGAGCCCGAUGAUGUACGGACUGAGGAGGCAGUUGUCGCAGUUCGUAUGGAGGGCGAUUCUGACGAGCAUGGGGAUGGAGGCCGUGGACCCGGUGCGGAGGCUGAUGAUGGGGCGGAUACUGCGGGACGACUUUCACCUUUGCCUAGUACCGGUCCAGGACCAUUGUCACACGGCCCCAUUGGGGGUGACGACAUGGACCUGCAGGCUGAUGAUCCAGAGGAGGUCGGAGGCAGUAUGUCUUUGGCGUUAGUGUUAUGGGAUCCUUCACCAGUGGCGCACGACGUUCCGUCGGAGCAUGUCGAGGGAGGAGGGCGGUAUACCACCUGACCUUCACGACCACGCCAGAGCAUAGAUGGAGGAGGGGGAAAUUACACCGGGGCCACUCGACC